AUGUCUCUGGGGUACGCAGAGAAGCUUUCUUAUAUAGAAGACGUGGGCAAAGUUGGAAUGACAGAGUUUUUUGAACCCCCACAUGUUUUGCAAGAGAAAAUUGAACGCCUCAGCAUGAUUAUCAAAAAGAGUAAGCACUUAGUGGUAUUUACAGGAGCAGGAAUAUCCACUUCUUGUGGCAUACCCGACUUUCGUGGGCCCAAAGGCAUUUGGACACUUCAGCGCCAAGGCAAAGCCUUGCCAGAAGCAUCACUACCUUUCCAUCGUGCAAUGCCAAGCAUAACUCAUAUGGCAUUGGUUGGAUUAGAGAAGGCUGGAAUCCUGAAGUUUCUUAUAAGCCAGAAUAUUGAUGCCCUUCAUCUACGUUCCGGAAUAUCAAGGGAAAAACUUUCUGAAUUGCACGGAAACUCCUUCAUGGAACUAUGUCCAUCCUGUGGGACUGAGUAUUUGAGGGAUUUUGAAGUUGAGACAAUUGGACUGAAGGAGACUUCACGGAAUUGUUCCAAGGCAGGGUGCACCUCAAAACUGAGGGACACGGUUCUUGAUUGGGAGGAUGCUUUGCCACCAAAGGAGAUGGGUCCAGCAGAGAGGCACUGCAAAAUGGCUGAUGUUGUACUGUGUUUAGGAACGAGUUUGCAGAUUACGCCUGCAUGUAAUUUGCCUCUAAAGUGUCUACGGGGCAGGGGUGAGAUUGUAAUUGUGAAUCUUCAGGAAACCCCAAAGGACAAGAAAGCAAGUUUGGUGAUCCAUGGACCUGUAGACAAGGUGAUUGCAGGAGUCAUGAACAUGCUCAAUUUACAUGUCCCUCCUUUUGUUAGAAUUGAUCUUUUUCAGAUUGUUUUAACUGAGAGUUUAAGUCUAGAUAAAAAAUAUGUGAACUGGAAUCUCAGGGUAGAGAGUGUGCAUGGGAAGAAAGUUCCAUUGCCUUUUGUUGAAUCUGUCAAGGUCUCCUUCUCUGAAAGUCUAAAUAUGAAGGCAGCAGUUCUAGAUAAGCAACCACUUGAUCUGAAAAGGAGGACAGUGAGGUCUGUGAAGCCUUUUGAUAUUCUGUUGAAACUGAACUUCAGCGCCGGUUGUAAGUGUUCAUACAUGGAACUCAAGAUUCCAGUUGAUUUUGGGGUUUCAAAAGAAUGUUUUAAGGAAGAUAAGGACACUGUAUUUCAGAAACUAAGAGAGAAAGCCAUCGAGGAUCCACGCUGUGGGCAGACAGCAGUUAUCGAGAGGAAAGCUGUGUUAGUACCCAAAAGUGAUAUCAUGGUCCAUGCAGUUGUUACCAAUAUUGUUGAAUUCGAAAGUUCCUCAGGACCUUUUGAAGUCUCUUCUCGUAGUAAUGGCUCAUCGAAAAGGCGCAAUGAAGGUAAAUACGACAAAAGGACAUCUGGUAAGCAAUCAAAGGUGCAAAAGCACGAUAAUUCGCAUAAAAGGUGA